UUGUUGUUAGUUUGCCGUAGUUUAAAAUGUUAAUUGUUCUUGUUAUUUUGAUUUUAAGUUCUAAUUGAUCUUAUUAACUUGUUAAUUUGAUAAAUUAUUGUUUUGGUGUUGUUCUCUACCUUUUGAUUGUUAUAUUGUGUUUUGAUGUGGUUGAUUUAAUAAAUUGUUCAUUGAGUGGAAAAUGAAAACUUGCCAUGGUAAAAUUGCUCCUGCCAUUGUCAAAACUGCUCCUAUUGGUUUAGUAUGGCUCAAUCUAUUCUUCCAAAGAGAUUCUACCACCAUGCUUGGACCUUCUCUCUGAGGUUGGUCCUGUGAUGAUUAAGGAUGUAAAUCUUGUGACCCACUUUAGGAAUUAACUUUUUAGUUUCUUUUUUAAAUUGGGUAUCGAAAUUUUGUUUGUUGAGGCUUCAAGUUCUUUCACUGUGCUGUGCUGGAUCUAAGGCUAUAAAUGAUCCAAAAGGGCAUGAGAGUCAUGGAGUUCAUCUCUGUCACAAAUGUGGAUGGCCUUUCCCGAAUCCACAUCCAAGUGCCAAGCACAGGCGUGCUCACAAGAAGAUCUGUGGAACCAUUGAAGGUUACAAGCUAUGUUCCUCCGAGGAACAAUCUCGCUCAAACGGCUCAGAUGAUGGACAUGGUUCUGAUGAUGAUAAAAAAUCCCCAGGUUAUGUCAGGUCCAGAGGUCUUGAAUAUAGGCAACAAGGAGAAGGAUGAUAGUGGAAUUGGAGAUAAAAUAAAUAGAUCAGAAGAUGAGGUGUUUUCAGAUGCAGUUGCAGACUUUUCAGAUAGUCAAGGAGUUAAGGAAUCUCUGCAGGAAGGUAGUUUGGACUCAAGUACCAGUGUGGAAUGGGACGGCAAAGAUGAUCCAAAAUUUUCAGGGUCUUCCAAGGACAGUGAUUUUAAUGUUGAAGAGUGCAAUGGAAGAAAGCAGAAGUUUGCAAUACUAGCCAUGGAUUUGCAACAAGAGUAGAAAAAUUGCUGAUGUAUCAGAGAGUGAAAGGAAUUGUAGGUCAAAUAUCUUGUUCGUUUUUGAAGGUAUCAGAGAGUGAAAGGAAUUGA